AUGGUACAGAACAACAUGAUGAAGACCAUCCCUCCCUCCAGUGAUCAGAUGCUCUGGGCUGUAAGAAAGAACCAGUCUUCGACCAAUGCAGCAGACAGUGAGAUAGAUUCUUAUGCCAUCCAUUGGUUCAAUCUUGCUCCUGACCGUGGCGGUGGCCGGAAAGAGCGUUCAAGAAUCAAAGAGGCGUUAACUGAGGUUAGCUACGCUUCAGCUCAGCCUUUACUUAGUGAUAAAUUACAGUUCCCGUCCUUCCUCAGGACUGUCUAUAAUGCUAACUAUGAAGUUUUUGCACUUGCUCAACUGGUAAAGCACUUUAAUUGGACUUGGGUUGGUAUCAUUUCCUCAGAUAGUGACCUGGGAAGGUCAGGUAAUCAGUUACUAACUCAAGAGAUAGAGAAGAAUGGUGGAUGCAUUGCAUUUCAUGAAACACUUCCUAUAGUUAGUUCCAUGGCGUCCGUCUUUCGUAUUGUAGAUGUUGUCAAGAAAUCCAGAGCAACGGCGAUCAUUGUGUAUUGCACCAUAGAAAAUCUCAUCUCACUGAUGGAAGAGGCAUCUCUUCACAAUAUCACUGACAAAGUGUGGCUGGGUGGUACCAGUUGGACUAUAUCUUCUGACUUCCCUAGGAAAGAUAUUUUAAUUACCUUAAAUGGGAGCCUUGGAUUAGCGGCUCAAAAUGGGAAAAUACCUGGAUUUAAGGAUUUUCUUUAUAGUAUUCGUCCUUCAAUUUCAGAUGAUCUUUUAACAAAAACAUUUUGGGAGAAUGCUUUUCACUGUGUUUGGCCAGCAAAUGAGACAUUUCCAGCACUGCCUGAAGACAACAUUGUUUGGUGCACAGGAGAGGAGAGUCUGGACAGUAUUGAUCCCAAUAUAUAUGAUGUCUAUAACUUUAGGUUCACAUACAAAGUGCAUAAUGCAGUCUUUGCAGUAGCUCAUGCUUUGCACCAGAUGAAGAACUGUGUCCCAGGGAAAGGGCCUUUCAAGAAUGGAUCUUGUGCUGAUAUUUAUAACCACCGGCCUUGGCAGCUGCUUUAUUACAUAAAAAACGUUGACUUCAACAACACCGCAGGGGAACGAAUAUUUUUUGAUGCGAAUGGGGAUGUUCCUCUCAAUGUGGAUAUCUUAAACUGGCAGCUGUUCCCCAAUGGAAGCAAUGGGUAUGUGUCUAUUGGCAGCUUUGAUGCUGCAGCUCCAAGGGGCCAAGAAAUCAAGAUACAACACAACAAAAUUUUAUGGAACAGUGGACACAGCCAAAUGCCUGUGUCAGUGUGCAGUGACCCUUGCCCAAGAGGCCACAGAAGAGCCACACUUCAAGGAGAAAAGAUCUGCUGCUUUGAUUGCCUGCCGUGCUCUGAAGGGGAGAUUCUCAACCCACGUGAUGACAGUGAGUGUAUAAAGUGCCCAGAAGACAAAUGGCCUGAUAGCACAAAAGAAAAAUGCCUUCCAAAACCCAUUCAGUUUCUUUCGUAUGAUGAGAUAUUGGGUUCCUCUCUUGCCUGUAUUUCAGUCUUGUUUUGUUUGUUUACAUUUUCAGUGUUCUGCUUGUUUGUAGUAAAACGAAAGACCCCCAUAGUGAAGGCAAAUAACAGAGAGCUCAGUUACCUACUUCUCAUCUCCCUCAUGUUUGGUUUCCUGUGUUCCUUGGCAUUCAUUGGCAGACCCAACUUGAUAACAUGCAUGAUACGCCAGGUCAUGUUUGCUGUUAUAUUUUCCGUUUGCAUUUCUGUCAUACUAGCAAAGACUAUCACUGUCGUAAUGAUAUUUAGUGCUACAAAUCCAGACAGUAAGCUGAAAAAAUUGGUGGGCCUGAGAAUACCCAUUUAUAUUGUCCCAGUGUGUACCAUGGUUCAGAUAAUUCUAUGCAUUAUUUGGUUGACCAGUGCAGCUCCAUUUGCAGAGUUCAAUAUGGCAGCAGAAUUAGGGAAAAUAGUGAUUGAGUGCAACGAAGGCUCUAAGGUGUUAUUUUCAUGUGUCUUGGGGUACAUGGGUGUCUUAGCAGCUAUUAGUCUACUAGUUGCCUUUCUGGCUAGGAAGCUCCCUGACACAUUUAAUGAGACCAAGUUCAUUACAUUCAGUAUGUUGGUAUUUGCCAGUGUUUGGGUGACAUUUAUACCUGCUUAUCUCAGUACCAAGGGGAAACAGACGGUGGCAGUAGAAAUCUUUGCCAUUCUCUCUUCAAGUGCUGGGCUUCUUGUUUGCAUUUUUUUCCCAAAAUGUUAUAUAAUAUUACUGCACCCAGAAAUGAACAGCAAACAGUACAUCACAGGAAGGAAUGUUAGGUAUAGAGGCACAUGACUAUUACUGUGGGCCUCUAAA